CGUCCCAGCUAGCCCAGGGGGAAUGAAGGCCAUUGUCUGGUCCGCAAACUUCCCUCUCAUCCUAGGGAUGAAAGGAUGCAGAAUGGGGAAGGAGUCGCAGUCUCCCGAACUCCGUUAGUGUUCAGUCGGUUUUAAAUGCCUUCCUUGCCAGCUCGUAUGUUUGCCUCGGGUCUGUAAUCUCUUCUGAUCUCCGACCCAUUGUUUGUAAUCCUGUGCAUCCCCAACUUUUAGCUGCGCACGCUGUCAUUUGCAGAAAUGUGAGUCUAGUCUGUGCAGAGUGGUUUUUUAUGAGAGGGAUGGGGCAAAAGGGAAGGGUCCUACCAGAGCAGUGCAUUCCUUAGAGAUGGGCAGUGAUUCAGAGAGAAGAGAGUGCUCAGGGAGUACUGGAGACCUUUUGUGCUUCUGCCGAGGUCAGGGUUUCCAGGAGGAAUUCAAAACUCUCCACGGGGCUAAUGGAGGGAGGUGGCUCAUGCAGAGUUUUUUUGGCUGAAAAUUAUGCUUCCUCCCUGGAAAAAAAACUUUUUUCCAUUCCAUGCUCUUUUGCAACUGUAAUACCAGGCAACUAGCUUCCAGGGAAAACGCUGGUAAGAAAAGCAUUUUCUUUUAAUUUUUUUUCCUUUCAACAUCUGUAGUGUUAUUAUGUGGCAGUGAGCAACUGCCCUGAGAGAAGAAUUUGUGUGGUCUGAGAAAGGAGAAUGUUGAGGAAGAGAGUAAUAGAUAGAAGCAUGGUCAUCGUGUCAGUGUUUCAUUUUCUCUUUUCCAGUAGGUUUUUGCCUUGGCAUUUUAAUUUUGUCCAUGUUUUCUCAGUCACUGCCUGCCUCAGAGUUCAGUAAGCACUGUGAGGUAGGGGAGGCCCUGGGAGCCUCAUGGAUCUCCUGGCUUGGUGUGCAGCUUCCUCUGCCCCUGCUCAGGAGCAUGUAAAUGGCAAAUUCUCAUUCACUUGUUCAUUCUGGGCUGGGAAAACCUAAUGGUUAUUCCAGUCCUGAGGCUGUUGCAGGAUGAGCUGAGCAGACCUGAAUGCUCAGACACGUGGUGCUCUGGAGGGUGCUGCCCGUGGUCAUGGUCACCAGGCUGUGAAUCAGGCACAGCUGGGAGCUGUGGUCCCAGACAGAGCAUUGUCAAACCUGAUACAUAAAUGACCUGCUGGCUAUUUUUCUCCUAGAGUUACAUGCUCUUAAGUAUGUGAUAAACCCUACUUGAGAAAACACAUCUCUAAACCUGUUUGUGUCUCUGCCUUGUGACCAUGGAUGUCUCUGAGAGCCUGCAGUGCUUUCUCUAGAUAUUUCUCAAGACAUUCUCUGACUGGGUUCCUAAAACAGAUGUUGUUGUCUAAAAUUAAGGGUAGAUAUAGACUUCCUCCACCCUUUGCAACUGUUUUGACAAGGUACUACUUUCCUCUAGAGCAAUUUUUUUCCUAUGACUACAUCUUCACUGCUUAUUUUCUUCCUCUUAAAUACUUGCCAUUGGGGUAACCAGUUUGAAUGUUUGAAUUUAGAGACUUUGCUAAUGUUCUAAUGAGAUGGAGAAGCGAGAAGCUUGUAGACAUAAAAAGUGCUGCUUUUUUUUUUUUUUUUUUAGCAAGUGGUUAUGAUGUGUUAGGAAUAAGGAAAUGCUGAGAAUAUGCUCUAAACAAUUAGCUGGACACAAAGAGCAGUUCAGGUGUGUCCUGAUCAAUACACUAAGUUUCUCAUAGAUGUUUUAUAAACAUAAGGAAUUUAUUGCAUGAGAUAUGGGGUUGUUCCUGAGGCAUGAUGUAAUGAUGAUCUGGAUGCACAGGAAUAAAGAAAUGUGCUGCUUUUUCUUCACGUGAGUAACAGCAGAAUAAAGACCUGUGGACCACAGAAAGUUGAACCAACACUAUAAUGUGAGUUAGGGGAAUCAGUUUUCUACGCUUUAUACCCAUUUGUUUUCUACCACCAUCCCCUUUUUGAGGAAUCUGAUCCCUUUUGAGGCUGGAAGAACAACAUGAAGCCAAGUAUGCAAACCUUUUUCAGAGUCCUGGACAUAACCUUUGUCCUGUGUGCUACUGCAUCUCAGUCGCUGAGACCCUUUCAGGUGUCCCUUGGGGCUUUUGUGGGUUGUGAGUGUGGAGAAUGAAAUGCAAGAAAUCGACCUGUUGAAUCAGUUGCAGUGUUUACUUUUCCAGAUUGUUUUUCAAAAGCUGUGAAAUGUUACAGAAGAGAUUUGUGCUGCUUCCCAUCAUUGCUGAGCUCUGUGUGUGUGUGUUGCUUCUUCAUAGGCAUGUACAGUUGUAUAAAUUCUGAUUUAUUUUUGGUGUAUUCCUCACAAGUUCUCAGUCAUUUUAUAGGUCUAAUCCAAUCAUAAAAGAUGAGGACAUCCAUCAGGCCCACUGCAGGGUUGGAAGGGCUGGAGGCCUGAAGGACUUCAAAGAAGGGAUCUAAUCUUUGCAAUGAAAUGGCAUCUGCAUCAGCUGUUUCUUUUUCUCAAAAUCAAAAUGAAAAAGCCAAACAAAAAAAAAACCCAAACAAAAAAACCCAAACAAAAAUUAGUGCUGGAAAUUCUGCAUCCUAGAUAACCAGUUUCAGUAUAUCCCCAGUUUGGUACUAUAUAUAUUUGUUUCUUCAUCUUCAGGCUAAUCUUGUUUACCAUUUGAACUGAUGUGGAUGAAUAGUUGAGUACUUUCCCCCUUUCUUGUGAUUUAAUGUAUGCAGGCUGUUCUGUUCCUUUGGUGUUAUCUUUUUAAGACUAAACACACCCAGGUCCUUUGGUUGUUUUUCCAGGUCAUGCUCUCUCUACUCUAGUUUUUGUUUCUUUCCACUGCAGUGUCUCAGAUUUUUGCAUGUGUUUUAUGAGGAAGAGUAUGUGGGGCUGGAUGUGAUCUGUUGGCUAAAGACUCACUCACCUGUGUGACACCCACAGUGUGACUCCUACUAUGUCCCAGGAUAACUUUUACCCUUUUUGUAGCAACAUAAGCCUGCUGGCUUGGAAUUAAUUUCUCAAUCAGUGUGUGCUUUUUCUUUGUGUCAUGUUGCAAUUACUGUUCUGUCAUUUGCAUUUGAUUUCACACCUGCCUCCCCAGCCCUUAGUGUACUGUUUUUUACUGAUCCUUACUGAAAUUUGAUAGUAGGUUGUAGGUAAGUGUGGGGUUCCUGCAGCCAGAUCAAAACACUGCAAUAAGAUGCCCUAAAAUCCUGAGCUGGUUUGAACUUGCUGUGUUGAGGGAUUUUAGUUUGUUUUGUUGUAAGAGAAAAGUGAUAGCUUUAGUGGUCCUUGCUCAACUAGCCAAGUCUGUGUCUUCACUGAUUCCUCCUUGCAUUCCUGCUCCAGAUGGUCACUGUGCUUGGAGAUUGGUGUGCUCCUUCAGAGAAGCCAUGGGACCCUGUCCCUUAAUUUCUUUUUGAUUGCUUUUGAUUGCAGCUUGGCCUUCCUCCUGCAGUGUUUUUGUUCAGGGACUGAAAUUGGCAAUGGGCCAUGAGUUCAAAAAAGCAGUUUUUCCUGCUCAAUUUGUUCUGAUGCCACUCACUGGUGGAGUCUGGUGUGAGCAUGGAGAGGUGAUGCUUCGGGAAGGAGGGGGGGACAAGGGGCAACACUGCCCUUUUUAUCCACAGCCUUAAAUUGACUCCAGCAUCCUGAAUUUCAUCUUGAGAGUUUCAGGUUCCUUUCUAUCUGGCUGUUACUUAAUGCUUUGAUAUCUUUAUCAAUUUCUUAUCUUAUAGGUAACUACCAACUGAUCAUUUAAUUUGAUCAAGAGUCCUUCAGAGGAUUGAAGUUACUGGUGUGUAACUUCUCCCACCUUUUUUUUUGCUUUUAUAAAGGUAGGUGAGGCAUGAUGCUUCUCCAGCCUUCUUGUGGCCUUCCCAUACUCCUGUAAAUUUUCAAAGAUGGUCACUGAUGCUUCAGAGAUUAGACUGGUUUCUUACAUGCUUUUGGGUGAAUGCUGUUUUUAUCUCUCGCGCUGUUUUGUGAACAUUAGUUAGGUCUGUCUUUUUCUAACCCACCCUUUCCUCCCAUUUCCAAAUUAUUUUUGCUUGUCACAUUUCACUUUUUCUUCUGGAGAUUGAAGGAACAUUUGUACUUCCGCCUUUACAUCAUUUGCUUUCUUUCCCUCUUUGUCAAUGACUGUAAUUAUAUUUAUUUUUUUCUUCUAACAUGCCCUCUUCUCCAGUUUUCGUGUGACUGCAGAGCUCUUAUUAACAGCUGUGCUGAUUUUGACUAAGAGACCAUCUAAUCCAGUAUCCUUCUACAAAAGGAUAAAAUCAGGACAAGUAGAUAUGAGAUAGGCCAGCCUGGCUGAGACCACUCAGCAAUGACAAAACAAAAACUCCUAUUUGAUGGGACGCUCUCCUUGUUCCUGAUCGCGGCCUGUGAAGCUCAGCAGCUCCCGAGGAGUCAUGUUGCUGCCACUUCUGGUUCUGUGUGUGACAAGGAGGCAGAGUCUUGGGGACACCUGUUGAGCAGCGAGCGGCUGGAUGCUUGGAUCUGCUCCCUCAUCGGUUCCUUCAUGGUGGGGCUGAGUGGGGUCUUCCCCUUGCUGGUGAUCCCCCUUGAGACGGGAGCUGCGCUGCGCUCCGAAGCUGGGUCACAGCGUUUGAAGCAGUUGUUGAGUUUUGCAAUUGGUGGACUGCUGGGAAAUGUGUUUCUCCACCUGCUUCCUGAAGCCUGGGCCUACACAUGCAGUGCAACAACAGGAGAAGGGCAGAGCUUUCAGCAGCAGAAGCUUCUGGGUCUCUGGGUGAUCAUUGGUUUUCUGACCUUCCUGGUGCUAGAGAAGAUCUUCCUAGAGAAAGAGGAGGAGUAUCCUGGUGUGGACUGUGAUUCCAAAGCACCAUGUGGAAAGAUUCCCAAUGGAAGCGGCUGCCCCCUGCCCAAGGGGUCCUGUCAGUCCCAAAGAGCACGAGCUCAGUGUAAUGGCUCUUCUCUCCAGUCUGGUCCAAAAAACAACAGAAUCAAGAUUAGUGGAUACCUCAAUCUGCUGGCCAACACCAUUGAUAACUUCACACAUGGCCUGGCAGUAGCAGCCAGCUUCCUGGUUAGCAGAAAGGUUGGGUUCCUAACCACAAUGGCCAUUCUCCUGCAUGAAAUCCCACAUGAGGUUGGAGACUUCGCAAUCCUACUUCGGGCCGGCUUUGACCGCUGGAGUGCAGCCAAGAUGCAGCUUUCCACAGCUCUGGGGGGAAUUCUAGGAGCCUGCUUUGCAAUAUGUGCUCAGUCACCAAAAGGAGCAGGAGAAACAGUAGCUUGGAUCCUCCCUUUCACUUCUGGAGGAUUUCUGUACAUUGCCUUGGUAAAUGUUGUGCCUGAUCUCCUGGAGGAAAAGAAUCCUUGGAAUUCCCUGCAGCAAAUUCUGCUCCUGUGUACGGGCAUUACAGUCAUGGUGCUACUCGCCCUCACAACCGAGUGACCUCUGCGCAGACCUCAUGCUGCCUCCCAGAGCCACCACAGUGACUCUGAGCUUUACAAAGCAAUAAGGAACACUAAUGUUACUUCCCACGUGUGUGCGCGCAGAUCUGGCUGCUAGUAUGAGAAGCGGGUGACAGAGAGGUCUGGCUGUGCAAGACUUCAUUCCCUGGCUCUCCUAUCCCUCUUCUGCUAAAAUCCACACAUGAGGGCUUCUGUUCUUUUUUUUGUUUGGUUGGUUUUUAUGGAGCAAAAGAUGCACUGGGCAGAAACGAACUGAAUGACUGCUCCACUGUGAGUGAAUGAUGUUUCAUUUGGUUCAUUCUGAUGGAACUGCACCUCCCAAGCUCUUGCGUGAAAACAGCAGAGGUGAUUCCUGUAGCUGAUGAAGAUAAAGGAUUUUUCUUACCACUUUAAGGGCUGGAGGCAGAACAGGCAUGACAAAGCUUUAGCCAGAACUCCCUACCCAUGAGAAAUUGAUGGUGCUAUGAGAUAGAGGGGAAGAGACCCUUUCCAACUUGAUCUCCAGCUGUUCAUUGACACCACUUGUUCCUAAAGGUAGUAUUGGCCUCAGCAGUCCAGCUCUUUUGGUCUAUUUUGUUUACAUGGAAAUUGAGCCAAAAGCUUGUGGCGCUUUAGGGUAGGUCACUACAAUUAAAUGACUCAGCUUGGAGAUUACUUGCCUCAGCCCUAACCACUCCAGUAGCCAGCACAGCCCAGCUGUUUAUCAGAUAAAUGAUCAGUAAAUAUUUCUUCAAUUGCCAGCUACCAGCUCACUCCUGUCUGAAGGGAAAGCCAUGUAGCUGCUGUGACUGAGCUCCCUCUCCUCAUAACCAUUAGCUGAACAUGCUUGUGAGCCUGCUCACGAGACCUGAUUGAUGCACCAUCUGCCCCAUACCGUGUCUCAGAGCUUUCUCGAGGUGUAGCUUGUUAGACCUGCCCAGCAGGCUGCAGUCCCCCUAGACUGUCAUGGCAGAGGUGCUUGAACACUACAGCCUGGUCAGCAGCUGAUAACUCUUGGUUAGCUUUUCCUCUGUUCAGUGUACACUAUUUAGGAGCAUGCUGUAGAUGGCAGCCUAUUUCUGGGGUUUUUACCUCACAGUGGAGUUCAUCUGUUGAUGAAUGAAUAAGAAAUAAUACUGACAGCUUUUAGAUGGGAAGGUUGAAACUGCUGGUGAAAAUAUUUUUAAGUAAGGUGAGAAAGGGAUUUGAAAGGGUGACAAUAAGUAUGCUUUAAGAGGAGUUUUCUGUUAUGUGAUGCCUGGGAUAAAAUCUUUGGCAAUUUGAGACCAAUAAAAAUUAAUAAAAUUUCUAGUGCUUUCCUCCAUCCCAGCUCAUAGGGCUGACCAGGCCAUAAUUCCACAGGGAUGUUUUAAUGCCGCAGAGAUGUGCCCUAUUACUGGACUGUCCCUUCUGUAAAACUCAGCUUUGCUUAAAUUUGUUUAAAAACAGGUCUAAUUGAACUAACAGAGUCACUGAACACAAAACAGGUGCCACAGUGUGAUUUACAGCAACUUGGCUCAGUCUUAUAACAGCUUUUGUGAAGCAGUACAGCUCUCCAGUCUGCCCAGGGCCUUACCAAGAGAACUUGUGCCUUGAGAGGGCAGUUAAGGUCAGAGCAGCAAGGCAGGUAUACUGCCCACAGCAGAGGCACUACUUCCUAAGAGAUUCCUGAACUGUUGACACAGUUCUUUUUAUGACAGCUCCUGUCCUACUUUUCAGUGAGUGCUGGAGAGCUCAUGCUUGCAGUUCUGUCUGCCCAGGAACUGCUGUCUGAAAUUUGUUCAGCUUUCCUUUCCCUGAACUUAUAUUAGUAACUAGUUUCACUGCAGCAAGGAGGGAGGCUUAGUGCAAUUGUUUAUUCCUCUUUACAAAGUUGCCUUCCUGUGCCAGCUACUCCAUCAUUCAAUUGUCAUGAGGUCUGAAGGUAGCAUCCAUUUUCUGCUUUCCUGGAAGGAUGAUUAAUCCACUUAUCCUGCAGGGACUGGAGGAGUCUUCCAACCCUCUGGUUCUACCUUUGGGGGUUCCUUCUGCCCAGGGACUGCAGCUAAGCAGACCCUGUAACAGGGCUCUGGAGGAAGCAGGCUUGCACAGAAAGUUGUGCCUGCUGUUCCUCAAGAUGCCUUUCCCAAAAUAAGGCUGGCAUUUAAGUUGAGGCAUUGCCAGGUGAGUGCCCAUGAGUUGGCGUUGUUGCAUCAGCACUGAGCCUUGCCAAGACUGAAAACCACAGUCAGGAUUUUAUACUCAGCGUUCAGGAAUGUGAAGUGGAUGACACUGAACAAAGAAUUUCUGAGCUGUUUUUCUUGGCUGCUAUCACAGGCAUGGAUAGUCUGUGGUUCUUGGGAAGAUACCCUGGUAGGAGGUAGCAUGGGGUUGUGGGAGGGAGGGGUUCAGUAGAUUUCUACUGCGUCAGCCCUGGGGCUGAGGAUUGAGAGCCUUGGGAGGAAAUGGAGCAUCACUCCACCACAUUUGUCACUUUUGGAAAUGCAGAGAGAAUUGUAUUUUCUAGCUCUAUUUUUUCAGCUGCUCUUAUGCAUUUUCUCCCUUCAUCUGUAUUGGUCUGCUCUGCUUGGAGACAAUAGAGAUGAAAUAAAUGGUUUUCCAUGUUG